GAGGCUUCCAGCAAACCUCUGGCCUCUGGAGCGGCGGACCACCGUUGCCGCGGCUUUGGCUUCUACGAUCUGCGUUCGGGCUAAACGGUCACAGCGGCGCCACUGCCGCUCCCCUUGUGCCUGGUUCUGACCGUAUUUGUUCCCCGGAGGCCGCCCCGGUUACAGCAGCGGCCGCGGCAGACAUGUUGUGAGGCGGCGGCGCGAGUGUCUCAAGGAUGGUUUGGCUGAGGCGGCAGCAGCGGCUGCUGGCGGCGGCGGCAUUGGCAGCGGGGGCUCCGGCUCUGUAGAGCCCAGCCCGCUGGGUGUCCGCCCUGUACCGCGGCCAGACCAGUGGCCCUGGACCUUGCCUCUGCUCCGGCGCCGUUGGAGAACUGUUAGGCGACAGCGCACGCCCCUCAGAGGAGACACGAAGGGGGUUCUCCAGUGCUCAGAUUUCCGGACCACCUAGCCUUCCUCUCUCCGACCUGGGCAGUGCUAUCCCCAGAAUCCUCAGCCCCCCUCCUCCCCCAAAUUUGCUCCCAGCCUCGUCCUGAAUCUUUCACACACGCGGGUGUUCUACGCCCUCUCGAGCCAACCCCUCGCCCCUUAAUUUUCUGCACCCUCUUCUCAGAGCGCCGCCCGGAUUGCUCUCCGAGGGCAGGCUUUUGAAAAAAUCUUCGUGGAGCAGUGGACCAGAACUGGGGAGUUUUCAAAAGUCGGGGCGCGAGAGAUAGGAAGGUACGAUGGCUUCCUCAUCUGGAAACGAUGAUGAUCUCACUAUACCCAGAGCUGCUAUCAAUAAGAUGAUCAAAGAGACUCUCCCCAAUGUCCGGGUGGCCAACGAUGCCCGGGAGCUGGUGGUGAACUGCUGCACUGAAUUCAUUCACCUUAUAUCUUCUGAAGCCAAUGAGAUUUGCAAUAAAUCGGAAAAGAAGACCAUCUCUCCAGAGCACGUCAUACAAGCACUAGAAAGUUUAGGCUUUGGGUCUUAUAUCAGUGAAGUAAAAGAAGUCUUACAAGAAUGCAAGACAGUAGCAUUAAAAAGAAGAAAGGCCAGUUCUCGUUUGGAAAACCUUGGCAUUCCUGAAGAAGAGUUAUUGAGACAGCAACAGGAAUUAUUUGCAAAAGCUAGACAGCAGCAAGCAGAAUUAGCCCAACAGGAAUGGCUUCAAAUGCAGCAAGCUGCCCAGCAAGCACAGCUUGCUGCUGCUUCAGCAAGUGCAUCCAACCAGGCAGGAUCUUCUCAGGAUGAAGAAGAUGAUGAUGAUAUCUGAAAUUCACCAGCUGAGUUUCUAUUUCCUCUAUACAUGUUUUUCCCUGCACAAGAAAACAGUGAAAGAAAUGCUUAUCUGUAAUUUUGUAUGCAUCUUGGUGGACUUACCAUUGGUAUUCUAGGGAUGUCUGCCAUUAAGUUUCAUCUAUUGUGUGCUAUUCAUGUAAAAACUGUCUCUUGGAACUAUUGAAAAUUUAAGGCUCAGUAUAAUAUCAAUUUUGAAUUUUUAAUGGUGUUUAUGAAAUUUUAGAUAGCAGUGAGUCCUUUAUUUGAUCAAUAAACAGUGUUACAGAAAACUUCAAGUUUAUAAAAAUUCAGUGACAUUUAUACAGAAGCUCUAAAUCUUCAGUUGCAUUUCCUCUGCCCUUUUAACUAAACUAAAAAUUGGGAAUUUUAAAUUAUUGGGGGGGAGGUGCUAUGUGAUGCAGUAGAUAUUAGAUCAGGCUGGUGAAAAAACAAAGAGUUCAGUUCUGUAGUAUUUGGAUUUUUUGUCUUUUAAAAUGAGUAUAUAUAGAGGCACUAAAUAUAUAUGCUCAGAUGAAUAUACUUGUUUUAAAAAAAUCUCAAACAAGACAUUCAAAAACUAGGAUGAGUAUGUUCAGUAGUAGUUGUAAAAUUUGGUAGGUUAUGUUUUGAUUUUGUUUUUGUUUUAUGUAGAGGUAAAAACUAAAGUUUUAUUAUAGCAUAAUUCAUCUUGAGCUACACUAUUACAUUUCAAAGACUGCCCCGUUUUGAGGACUGUCAUGAUUCUUAGUAUUUUACUCAAAUGAUUGUUAAUAGUAUUACUUGCUUAGUCCAUCCAUGUUUAUUGGAACUUGUGAAACAAUUGCUUAGGUUCCGUUGGUUUAACUAAGGUUCAUGAAUAUUCAAACCUUUGCUGGGGGAAAGAAAUGAAAGUUAAUGAGCAUGCUUGUUGUAAGACGGAUUUUUUUGUAAUUUAAUUUGUAGUCAUAGUUUACUUAUUGUUUGUUUUUAGCAUUACUUUUACAAUUUCUUGACUAGAUGGCCUAGAGUGUCCAAUGCUUCCUUUUGAAAUGGCAUCAUUGUCUCCAUCAUAAUUGAGCUUUAAAAAAUGAUUGUUUUUGUUUUGUUUAAGAAAGUGUAUCAUAAUUGAUCAGACCUAUAUGAAACAUAGUUUCAACCUGCUCAUUACAAGGGAAAAGCUUUAAUUUGGUUCCAAUAAAUAAACUAUGGUAGUGAUUUUUAUAGGAAUCCAGUGUGUUGAAGAACUGGCCUACUGUUUCUAUUUUGAAAACAGAAUGGAAAGCCACUUAAGAUAGUAUGAAGUAAUCUAAAUUCCUAUGUCAGUUGCCAAAUCAUUUAAAUUUGUAUAUUCACCAGGUCUAAAGACAGAUUGCGGAUGCCAGGAUUCCAAUUUUAAUUGAAGAGCUAAAUAAGUAAAGUUUACAAGUAUUAGAUUUCUUAAUGAUCAUAUUUUGCAGUUUUAGAAAAAGUGAAAUAUUGUCAUACAUUUAUUAAAUACACUUCUUCCAUGCCACAACUAAGUGAAUCUUGCUUAAUGUUUUGAGUUGAAGUUGGUAUUGAAAUCCAUGAAGUGCAUUUGGACAAAAUAGAAGGGAUUGUUUUUUUAAAAGUUUAAGUACCAAAGGUAGUCUAGUCUAAGAAAUAAUAAGUUAAUAAGUGUUGGCUUUUCUAACUUGUACUGUAACAUCCUUAUACUUUCUAUUUUAAGUAUAUCUGUUUCUUAUGUAAACAACUUAGAUAUUUUUCCAUACUUUUUUUUGAUGCAGAGUUCAGGUUAAUAUUUUACUGCAUCUGAUAAUGUAUUAUAUAUUUGAAUCCUAGUGACUUUUCAUUUUGACAUUCUUGUGAUUUUCAUAUGCUAUAUUCUUCAAGCAAUAAAAUCUGAUGUGUUUUA